AUUUUGGUAAAGUUCGUUAAUUUUCGGAACACGCAUUCCGUUGAACCAAUGAAACCUCUUGAAAACAGAUCGAUUGUGACAUUUGGCGCCAGCGGUAAAUAAACCGAAGAAUUCAUAACGAACAUGUGUGUUCGACUGUUUGGCUUGUGUGUUUUGGGUGGUAGGAUCAUUUAUGGUGUGAUGAAAUAAGUUUCAUAGUGCAGUGCGAUCUGCAUUUAUUAACGGAACACCAUAAUUAAACAAUGAGCGCCCUGAAGAUAUUAGAAAACUGCAACACUAAUGGAAAAUCGCCAAGGUUUUCAGAGAGAAGAAGAGCCUUGUUUCCUUUAAACCCUAAUGAGACCUGUAGUGAAACAGAUUCUGAUCUGGGUCAUAUGAGUCCUUUAAAAUCUGAUUCUUCAGAUAAUGAAGAUGGAUCUUGUCACAGUUUUGAUCUCAAGUUGUCUCCUUCUAAAAAUCUCUCUUUACCACCCAAAUCGAGUUGCAUUGGGGAUUAUGAUAUAAUAGGUAUCAUGGAUGAUAAUAUGUCUGACACUGUGUUUACUCCACAAAAUCGAAUGGUUGAGUUUACUGAAUCUAUGUCUCCUUUAUAUUUAAGCCCUUUUGUUAAUGUGCUUUCACAUGCUUCUAAAAAAACUUUACUAGACACCCCAUUAAAAGGUUCCCCCACAAAUAAACUUAAAACUCCACAUGACUCGAAUUCAGUAUCAAAGGUACCAAAAUUAAUUCGCAAAUCUCUUCUAGAUUCUGGAUUUGAAGAAACAAGUAAACGUAAAAUUUUGGAUGAAAGUCCACCUGAUAAUUCUAAAAUUGCGAAGUUAGACCCUGUGGGUCAUUCAAAAGUUCGUACUGCUCUGUUCCCAGAUGAUCAAGUAACUUUGCCUUCAAAGCAAUUUUAUUCAAAGACUUUAGACAAAUUACCUAUUCUCCACACAAAUUAUACCAUGAAGCCAUUAAUAAAAUCCACAUCACGUCGUUCUUAUCCCACUAAAAGGAAAAAUAAAGGAGGAAUUAAUGCAGGUGUAAGACAUAAGAUUAGAAAACCCAAGCAAAGAAAGCUGAGCGCAAAACUUGUCAGAAAAGCUAUUACCAUAUCCAAUGAUCCAGCUCUGCAACAGUAUUUAAAAGAUAUGAAGGAGAUAAACAAUAUACAUACUCAUUUAAUUGAAAACAAGGAAAAUAUUAAUAUGAUCAAGCCCGUAACCAAGAAGAGAGCUUGUAGUCCAGAACCAUUAGAAGUUAAGAAAUUUAAACCUACAGUUGAAGAAAAUUCUACUUCUGAACUUGACGAUUAUGAUACAAAACUUCAGGAAACACGUAUUGAAAUUGAGGAUGCUUUCAAUUUUUCCGCUGAAGAUGAUGAUAUAUCCCCAAAUAUAGACGAUAUUAUUACUAGCUUAAAUGCUAAUCAAAAUUCCCCUGAGAAGAAUUCCAUUGUUCUACAGGCUCACGAUUCUAUCACACAAUCUCAGAAUUCCAUUCAAUUGCAUAACCCUUCCGCUGAAACUUCUUCCAUCGCCAACAUCUUAUUGUCUCCAACAUCUCAAAUGUGCGACAUGGCUUCUGGAUUGGCUCUGAAUAGCCCCAAGAAAGUAAAGAAUCUCACCAAUCUUCUCGAAGAAAUACCUGUGGAGAAUAUAUCCUCUGCGCCCAAGAGGCGCUUCGAAAAGUUGUUCCCGAUGUUCACAACAUAUAAGACGGCUACAGCAGAGAAGAACAAAUCGGUAAAGAAGAUUAAGAAGACCGGACACGAUCAGAUGUUAUUGGAUGCCGGGCAAAAGAAGUUUGGAACUAUUCAGUGCAAAGAAUGUGAUUUUGUAUAUCUUGUGGGAGAUUCUGUUGACGAAACGAUACACAACACCUAUCACACAUCUACACAUUUACUAAAGUUUCACGGUUGGAAAAACGAGAGAGUGGUGACAACCACAAGCAAUUUUAAAAUCGUGAAGAUUAUACCAGGUGAUUCAAAAGUUUGGUGGAAAAAAGUAACAGAAGUUAUGAGUAUUGUUGAUAGAGAACUUGGAUGUACAUUCUCUACGUAUGACGAUACUCAGGUAUACUUGUACAUUAAGAACAAAGUGAUUCUGGGCUGUAUUUCUGCAACACCAAGAGAAGACGCGUAUAAAAUGCUCUCUUCAAUAGAAGAUACCGUAGACAUGUGCUCAUCGGAAUCCUACCCCAUUAAAUGCUGCAUCAUGAAACUGUGGGUGCACGCCAAUCACAGGAAUAACGGAAUUGCGAGAGAUCUCAUGAACUCGGUCAAAAGAAACUUCAUGUUUGGUAACAUAUUGGAAAAUAAUGACAUCGCUAUGUCUUCACCCACGAUGGCAGGGAAGAAGUUCGCUGCAAAGUAUUUUAAAACUUCAAAUUUCCUGGUCUGCGUUUCGUAAAACGACAAGUAUUAAAUAUUCCAGUUAUUUAGAUUAGUUAAGUUACAUCCACAUUGCAGUACAAGUAGAUUAGUCUGCCUACAUUUAAGUUAUUGAAUUUGUUUAUUUUUAUAACCUUUUGUAAUUGCCAUACGUAUAUCUAUAGUUAAUAUAAUAUGUUGUAUUUAAGAUCUGAUUAGAUUUAUGAAAGAAUAAACGUUUGUAUAAUAAAAUA